AUGGCAUACUCCGGCAAAAAAGCCAUCAUCAUCGGCGGCAGCCACGGCAUCGGCCUAUCCACAGCUCAACUCCUCACUGAUCAAGGCGCUCAAGUGCUGGUCACCGGGCGCAGUCCCGAUCCCAUUCGCACGGCGCAGCAGCAACUGGGCGAGAAGGCUCGCGUCGUCGCCUGCGAUAUCACCACCGGCGAGGCCAUCGCGCAGCUAGUUCCCACGGCGGAGGAAUACUUCGGACGCGACACGUCCAUUGACCUGGUGUUUAUCAAUGCCGGAUACGCCGCUUUGGAACCCUUCGACGUCGUCACGGAGACCUCCUUCCGCAAGACCAUGGACACCAACGUCUUCGGCGCCUUUUUCGUGGCGCAGAAACUUGCCCCCAUCGUGCGCGACGGCGGCGCCAUCGUCUUCACCACCUCCGUCGCUAAUCAGGUCGGCAUCCCCGGGAUGGCGCUGUACUCUGCCUCCAAGGCCGCCGUGCAUUCGCUGACGCAGACCCUGGCGGCGGAGUUGGCCGGUCGUCGUAUCCGGGUCAACGCCGUGUCGCCGGGUUUCGUGCAGACGCCGACGAUGGGAGUCGGCAACGUGUCGGAUGCGGAUCGUUCGGCUUUUGGGAAACAGGGAGCCGAGACGACUCCAUUAGGUCGCAUUGGAGAGCCGGAGGAGAUUGCACGGGCGGUUGCUUUUCUUGCUUUCGAUGCGACGUUCACGACGGGGUCACAGUUGGUUUUGGAUGGGGGGUUGACGUCUUUGCAGUUACAUUGA